GCGACUUGGCGGAAGAUGCUGAUGAACCGGGAGCACCUGCUUUCCAAGAGACCCCCCUCCAGUGAAGAUGAGACCAUGGUCCCAGUACUAGCCUCCAAGAAAGCCAGUGAAUUACCCGUCAACGAAGUAGCAUGUAUCCUGCAGGCUGACCUGCAGAUGGGCCUGACUCAUGAAGAGGUGAGCCGCAGGAGGGCCUAUCAUGGUUGGAAUGAGUUUGACAUCAGUGAGGAGGAGCCCCUGUGGAAGAAGUACAUUUCCCAGUUUAAGGAUCCUCUCAUACUGUUGCUGUUGGCAUCUGCAGUCAUCAGUGUUGUGAUGCACCAGUUUGAUGAUGCCAUCAGCAUCACUGUGGCCAUUAUAAUUGUAGUAACAGUUGCCUUUGUCCAGGAGUACCGUUCAGAAAAGUCUUUAGAAGAGCUGGGAAAACUGGUCCCUCCGGAAUGUCAUUGUAUCAGAGAGGGGAACUUGGAGCACCUGUUGGCCAGGGAGCUGGUUCCUGGAGACACUGUUUGUCUGUCUGUAGGAGAGAGAGUCCCAGCAGACCUCCGCCUAUUUGAGGCUACUGACCUUUCUGUGGAUGAAUCCAGCCUGACGGGGGAGACCACCCCCUGCUCCAAAUGCACCUCCCACCAGUCCGGUGCAGCCAAUGGGGAUCUGGCCUCUCGCAGUAACCUGGCCUACAUGGGUACCCUGGUUCGGUGUGGCAAGGCAAAGGGCAUCGUCAUAGGAACUGGAGAGAACUCCGAGUUUGGGGAGGUGUUCAAGAUGAUGCAAGCAGAGGAGGCACCUAAAACUCCGCUGCAGAAGAGCAUGGACCUGCUGGGGAAACAGCUCUCGCUCUACUCUUUUGGCAUCAUAGGGGUGAUCAUGCUGGUAGGCUGGCUCCAGGGAAAGAGGAUACUGGACAUGUUAACGAUUGGGGUCAGCCUGGCGGUGGCUGCCAUCCCUGAGGGCCUGCCCAUCGUGGUGACAGUUACUUUGGCAUUGGGUGUAAUGCGCAUGGUGAAGAAGAGAGCCAUCGUCAAGAAGCUUCCCAUUGUGGAGACUCUCAGCUGUUGCAACGUGAUCUGUUCAGACAAGACAGGAACUCUUACCAAGAAUGAGAUGACUGUCACUCACCUGUUUACAUCAGAUGGACUACAUGCUGAGGUAACGGGGGUGGGCUAUAAUGGAGCAGGAGAGGUGCUACUGGAUGGAGAGGUGGUGCAUGGCUUCUCCUGUCCCUCCAUCAGUAAGAUAGUGGAGGUUGGGUGUGUGUGUAACGACUCUGUUAUCAGGAAUCACAAUCUGCUGGGACGUCCCACUGAGGGAGCACUCAUCGCCCUAGCCAUGAAGAUGGGUUUGGAGGGCCUGCAGCAGGAAUAUGUACGCCGCGAUGAGCAUCCCUUCACCUCGGAGCAGAAGUGGAUGGCCGUCUACUGUGUUCACCGCACCCAGCAGGAUAAGCCUGGAGUGUAUUUUAUGAAGGGAGCAUUCGAGCAGGUCAUUCGUUUCUGCACUUCUUACAACAGCCGAGGGACCGCGCUUCCCCUCAGCAGCCAGCAGCUGGAGCUAUACCAGCAGCAGAAGAGCUACAUGGGCACUGCAGGCCUCAGAGUGCUGGCAUUUGCAUCUGGUGCUGAGACAGGCAGCCUAACAUUCCUUGGUCUGGUGGGCAUCAUUGACCCACCCAGGUCAGGGGUGAAGGAGGCUGUGGGAACACUCAUCAGUUCAGGGGUCGCCAUUAAGAUGAUCACCGGAGACUCCCAGGAGACCGCUGUCUCGAUAGCCAGUCGUCUGGGUCUGUACACUAAGGGCUCUCGGUCUCUGUCAGGAGAUGAAGUUGACCAGCUAGACCUCCAACAGCUCUCCCAUAUAGUACCCAGGAUAGUUGUGUUUUAUCGAGCCUCUCCCAGACACAAACUCAAAAUUGUCAAGUCUCUUCAGAACCUUGGUGCAGUGGUUGCGAUGACAGGGGACGGGGUGAAUGAUGCUGUGGCACUGAAAGCGGCAGACAUCGGCGUGGCCAUGGGUCAAACCGGAACAGAUGUCUGCAAGGAGGCAGCAGACAUGAUCCUGGUAGAUGAUGACUUCCAAACCAUCAUGUCGGCCAUUGAAGAAGGAAAGGGGAUUUACAACAACAUCAAAAACUUUGUGCGCUUCCAACUGAGCACGAGUAUUGCAGCGCUCACACUCAUCUCCUUGGCAACGCUGAUGAACUUCCCCAACCCUCUGAAUGCCAUGCAGAUCCUGUGGAUCAACAUCAUCAUGGACGGCCCACCUGCCCAGAGCUUGGGAGUGGAGCCUGUGGACAGAGACGUGAUCCGAAAACCUCCGCGGAACGUGAGGGACAGCAUCAUCACCCGCAGCCUGAUCAUCAAAGUGCUGGUGUCAGCGCUCAUCAUCGUCUGUGGCACGCUCUUCGUCUUCUGGAGGGAGCUGCGGGACAAUGUGAUCACACCACGUGACACCACUAUGACUUUCACUUGCUUCGUCUUCUUCGAUAUGUUCAACGCGCUCAGCUCUCGCUCUCAGACCCGGAUGGUGCAUGAGAUGGGCCUGUGUAGCAACAGGAUGUUCUGUUAUGCUGUGCUGGGCUCCAUCAUGGGACAGCUGCUGGUCAUCUACUUCCCUCCACUGCAGAGUAUCUUCCAGACAGAGAGCCUCAGCCUCCUGGACCUGCUCUUUCUGUUGGCCCUGACCUCCUCGGUCUGUGUGGUGUCUGAGGUCAUCAAGAAGGUGGAGAGGUUGAGCCGAUUGGAGCGGACACCCUGGGCCACUGACUCCUUCCAUGAGGUAUGACCCACGCUUCCCUUCCCUCCACAACAAUGAACAUCUGGUUUGGAGGACGGAUUGGUAGUGUUGGAGGAUGAUGGCGGUGCAAGCAGGAUGUUUUUAAGCCAGGAGGGGGGGUCAAAAGAGACUGGCUGAGGACCCUUGACAACCCCUCAAACCCCACUACCAGGCCCAAGAGAUGCUCUGGUCUGAGACCUGAUAAACCCUCCUGGUCUCAGGGGCGAGGGGAGAACCUUCCUAUGAAAGACACUGGAACUGGCGCUUGAUUGGCUUGACUGAUCUGAGAGGACAUUGAGAGGGGCUGCUGGAGGAUUGACCCUGCACCCGUACUUGAAGCUGUGGAAGAUAGCACCUGGAGAGCUUAAUCUUCUCACAUCCUUUCUAAACUUGUGCACUCUGUUUGCCUCCAGUGGCCUGGCCUAAUCGUGGGUACCGAACCAUAGCUUUACUUUGACGCGACAGCAGCCCGAGCAGCUGUUAAGUGUCUUUAGUUCUUUCCCUGCAGUCACUUACAGUACGUAGACUAACCUUCUAAACCAAUCGAGGCUUGAGAUGUGUGCAAUUCUUUCCAUACUUUUUUUUUCAGCGUUCUGUUUUGGUAUAUAAUUUAGAAGAUUUUGAACACUACUGGGCUUUUUGUGGUUUAACACGGUAAAUGGACUUCUAAAGUCUGGGACAUGGUUUUAUGUUUUCUGCUGGGGGGUGUGAAGUGUAUGGAUGGAGGAGGAUCAUCCAUGUAUAUAUGUUCUGGUUACUGUUAAGCACACUGCUCUACACAUUAAAAGGAACCAAGGUGUUUGCUGUACAUAAAUAUUGAGGGGGAAAAAUCACAAUCACAGUGCAGUUUUGCACUCCAGGCAGUUCUGACUUCAUCAGGCUUUUCUGAACUGCUGCUGGGAGAGACAAGCACAGCGACGUGGAGAUGCCUCCAGCCAGCCAAAUGCUGAAAACACAAUGCCAUGGCCAGUAAGUGAGUCAACUCUCCUCACAGUCCAUCCACAUACUUUCACAUCAAUUUCUUUAGAAACCACAGCCGUCUGUACUCCACACACAGCGGGAAACUCUCAGUAUCUCUCUUUCUCAUUGUCUCUUCCUCUCUCAUUUUGUGCCUUAAGAGAGUACAUUUUUCUUAAAAUCGCAGAACUGGAAGAAAGUCAUGAAUUUCAGGGGUACUCGGUAGUUUGAGGGGUUUAGCACUUGGGUUCAAAAUGUUAGUACAAGGAGAUUAUUUUGGACUCGUAUAUGAAUUCCGCCGAUUGUUUCCUUCUCUGAAUCGGAUAAUAUUGUUCACUUUCUACAACUAUGAAUCCCAUAAUUCCCCUUGCCCCACAGCCUCUCAGAUCUACCAUAUUCCAGCACUGAUGCCCUGUGGGAGGUGUAGGCAGGGUCGUGGUUCAGGUAGCAGGAGAUCUUAGUGCUGUUGAGUGACUGGUACAGAGUGAAGCACAGUGAUGCUGCUUUACCAGAUCACUCCAGCUGAGAUGGAGAGAACAGGGACUGGAUCUUACUCCUGCCUGUCCAGCAUCUAUGAGGUCCCUGUUCCACUUCUUCCUGUUAGGCUCUCUUCCUCCCACACUCUUCCUCUUGCUCCUCAUCCAAAACGCCUCUGGGACAUGGUGAACAUGAAGAGCUUGGUGGAAAUAUGUACUCUGCACUGUUAUAUGAGUGCAAAGAGGUCUGUGUGUCCGUGUGACAGACACGUGAGUGGUUGUAGAACUUGAGUUUACUGUCAGUUUUUGUGUCGGGGCCAGAUGUGAGCCGUGUUAGAUCUGUGUUUAUGUCUCACAAAGCAGGAAUGGCGAGGUACAAACCUGACCAGCCACCUUACACACUGCUGUGUGUUGGGUAAGUUUGUCAGUCCCAGCAGUAAAGGCCGACCCCCGAUGUCUGCUGAUGAAAUACUGACGGUGGCUGUUCAUUUAUUCUUGACGUCAGUGUUGAUUGCUAACCAGUCAUCAUGUUGAGGUCCCGUUCUUUUCAAACAUCUUGUUGGCGGCUAAAAUAGGGACCGCUGCUACACUAGUUGACGCUGUUGUCUGUUGUGAAUGGUAAGGAGUCCUCAUGUACAGGUCCUGUGCUACUAUAGCUCACUGAUGAGGAUUAUGAAGUCCACAUAUGUGAGAGAAAGGAUUUAAUUUUUCACUUUAAAGUCAACUACUGACUGUAUGGACCCAGAACAGUUUACAGGACUAGAUGCACACUUUAAACCCAGCAAGUCCGUCGUAUGAGCUGAUGAUGAAAAGGUUUGCCAUCCUGAAGUCCACACCCAUUCCUUUUUGUGGUUUUCUUUUGUGUUUCACAGAACAACUUAGAGUCUGCACCGCUUUGUGAAAUACUCGUAUCGAUAGAGCACUAAAGCUCCUCAUCUUUCUACUGUAGAAGCUGAGAAAACUGUCGUGUGCCCAUCACCGUUCAUCCGUGUACUGGCUCAGUCCACACCAGGCCCACACCAGGCCCACGCCAGGCCCACACCAGUUCCACGCCAGGCCCACACCACUUCACACCAGGCCCACACUAGUCCACACCAGGCCCACGCCAGUCCACACCAGGCCCACGCCAAUCCACGCCAGGCCCGCACCAGGUCCAUACCAGUCCACACCAGGCCCACACCAGCCCACACCAGGCCCACACCAGUCCACACCAGGCCCACAUCAGUCCACACUGGGCCCAAGUGUCACUGUGCUGUAAACCCACAAACGCAAGCUUGUGUUGUGAGGUCUGUUGUCCUGGUAGAGCAGACACGGAGCCAGGGCAAUGACCCCGAGCCGUCACCCCGACAUCUAGCCCACCUCCACUUGUCCCCUGUGUCUCGUGCCACAGCUCAACAGCCAGUCACACAAUGACUCACUGUUUUCUGUCUGUCGAGAUAAUUUAUGAUCCUCUGUUCGAGUGUGUGUGAGUCACUGAAUGUGUGUGCUUGUACUGUUACUGGAUGAGAAUAAAAUGUAUAUUAAAAAUUUUAUAAAUCUUU